AUGAAACCAAAAAGAUCAACCUCUGCUCAUAUUACUUUAAAUGCUUAAUUAAUUAAACAAACAUCUCCUCCUUCUCCUGUAAAAAAUAAAUUAUAGGAAAUCAAUGAUAAAAUUAACUAAAUGUUUAUCAAAGCCAAAAAUCCUAAUGAAUAAUUAAAAAAUAUAGAAACUCAUUUUUAAUAAUAGUUUUAAAGUACUAAAAUAUUAUCAACAAUAUCAAAAGAGAAAACUAAAUUAUUAUCAUAAAUAACUUCAAAAGAUGGUAAAAUAAAAGAAUAAGAACAUAAGAUUAAUGAAUUAAAUAAAGCAAAUGAAUAUUUGAAAUAAUAAUUAGAAAAAUAUCAAUAAAUCUCAAAUGAAAUGGAAUAAUUAGAAUAAUAUUGCACAAAAAUAGUUUAAGAAAAUCAAUAAUUAAAAUAGUAAGUUAAUUAAUUGCAGACUUCCUUUAGUUUUUUAUAAUCUAGUAAUCUUAUAACUUUAGGUUAAGAAAUUGAUUAAUAAAUUUAGAGUUUAAGUAAGUCACUUACAAAAUGUUUUAAAUUAUUAGAAUAUUCAAGCAAAUAAGAAUUUGAUGAUUUACAAGCUUUGAUCAAGAUUACUUCUAGUGUCACUUCUUAACAUAAAUAGGAAGGGAAUUUGUAUACAAUAUUAAAGGAAUCAUUAGAAUAAUUAAAACGAUUAAUCUAUGAGACAGAUAAAUAAUUUGAUUUAAAUUAUAAAAAAGUGAGUAGUAAUGUGUUUUAUUCUUAUAAUUAUUGA